GUAGUGUUUAGUUUCUCAAUUGCUUCGGUAUCUAAACCUCGCCUAUUAUACCAUAUACCAGUUAUCCACCACAACCAAUUCAAUUGAAUCACCACCGAACAAUCAUCAAUUUCAGGCCAACCAAUACCUGGUAUACAACAAGACAGGAUGUCUAUCCUCCUCUCCCGAACUUCCACAGUCCUAGGCAUCGGCCUCGGUCUCUCCCUAACAAUGCACCCCCUCUCCCCCCUCCGUGCAUCCCCAAUGCAAUGUCAAUACACCGCCCCAUACUACCGUACCGAAACUCCCGCCGCAGAGACCGGCUGGGGCGUUCCCACCGACGACCACCUGCUGUCCAAGCAGGGCAAGACGAGACCGAACACUGGCACAGGGCUUCUGACUAAGAACAAUAUGAAGCAGGUUAGUUUGGGGAGUGUGUUAGGGUUAGUUGCGGGGGUUGGGUUGAGGGCUUUCUCGAGGGUACUUGUUGUGUUGAUUGGGAUGGGGGUUGUUUUUGUUGAGUGGGCUGCGUCGAAGGGGUAUAACAUUGUACCCGUGAACCGGUUGCAGAGAUACGUCAAGAACACCGAUUUGCAGAGGACGUUAUCGAAAUAUGCGCCGUUUAAGGUGACCUUCGGUAUUACCAUGUCGCUUGCUGCGUUUGCGCAGUUCUAGUGUCAGAGGUUCUCGAUAAUAGGUGUGGAGGAUAGUUUGGUCAUCUUUUUCAUGUUGCAAUACUAUGUACCUAAAUAAUAACUCCCGCUAGGCAUUAAAUUAAUACAAGCUCCCUUCACACGAAGACAUAUACGCACGGGUAUCAUGAAAAAUCAGCUCAACACCAAAUCCUCCAAAACACCCUCCAUCUCCUCCCGAGACAAAGGAACACCCAAUAUCUCCAUC